AUGGAGCCAUUUUAAUUAGCACAGGAUGUUGACCUAGCAGCCAUAAGGAAGUGUGUAGACACCAAAACCAGUAUCUGUAACUUUACUUAUAAAUACAAUUACAUUAAGCAAAUGUAAAAAUACUUUUGCAUUAUCAUAAUACAAUUUAAAAAAUCUAUUUGGUUGGAAUAAUCACGCAAGAUGGAUACAGGGAAUUGUGGGUUUGGCAUACUACUGAUGUCAGUGAUUUCUGCUACUCUUGGAUUGCAAGUUAGUAUUCCACAACCCACAUAUGAAGUUGCUCGAGGUGACGAAGUGAUCAUAACGUGCAGUUUUCAGCCUAAAAAUCCUGUGAAUCGACUCAUUGUCGUCUCAUGGACUGGUGAACCUGACGGGUCAUUUGAUGAUGAAGGGAUUUCUUUUGGGACCUUCUAUUCUGAUGAUAACCAUGUAGAUAUCAAUGCCAUGUAUGAAGGCAAAGCCUUUAUUGAAACUGAUGUGAAUACAAAAGAGUCCAAAUUAAUGCUGAAGCAAGUCACUUUGCGAGAGAGCAGACGGAUCAGAUGUCUUCUUCAGAUUCCUGGUGAUACAGAGGGACAAACAUCAGAUUCAACUUCUCUUGUGGUCCUGGUGGCACCAUCAGAUCCUGUUUGUAAGAUUAAAGGCACUGCAGAGUACGGACAAAACAUCAGCUUGACCUGUGUUUCUGAAGAGGGCUCCCCAGCUCCCACAUAUCAGUGGCAGAGCUAUGAUGUCAAAAACAUCCCAAGACCACUUCCACCCAAAACCACUGAGAAGGAUGGAGUGCUUUCUCUGUUCAAUGUAUCCAGGGACACAUCAGGUUACUUCAUCUGCACAUCAGCAAAUAAGAUUCGCUCUGCAAAGUGCAACCUCACCUUGUCGGUCAUGCCAUCUACAUUUAAAUUUGGAGCUACAGCAGGAAUCAUUGGAGGCUGUGUUGCUGGAGUCGCAGUGCUUGUACUAAUAAUUUACUGCUGCUGUAGAAACAAGAGGCAGGCAGAGGAAUUUGCCAUGGAACCACCAGUGAUAGAAUACCAUGAUGUUCCAAAGCAAGAGAAGCAAGAAGAUGGUUCUGGAGUUGUAAGGAAGACUAGCAUUGAAGGCUGUAUUGACCUGAGAGGGAGAUAUGAGACUGAAAAGGACAGUGAGAGGCAUAAUGAUCGCAGGGACAUUUACAGUAGAGGUCGUAACGAAGGCCGCCAAGAACGUUAUGAUGACCGCAAACCUUAUAACAAUGACCAGCAGAAUCACUAUAAUGAUCGCAGAAGUCAAUAUGAUGAUCUCAGAGAUCAAUAUGGUGAUGAUCGGAAAAAUCCAUAUGAUAGCCGCAAGGAUUGUUUCAGUGAUCGGCAGGAUCGCUAUGGCGAUCAAAGGGAGCGUUACGAUGAUCGUCAGGAUCAUUCCGAUGAUCACAAAGAUCGUUACAAAGAUCGAGAAGAUUUCUCUGAUGAUCAAAGAGAUCGUUAUGGUAAUCAAAAAGAACAUUAUAGUGGUCCCAGAGAUAGUUACGAUAACAUCCAUGAUAGUUAUGAUAGUGGCAGAGAUAACUACCGCCAGAACCGCUAUGAUGAUGACAGAAGUAGUUUUGAUGACCGCAGACAAGAUUAUGAUGAUCGCCAGGGUCGCUAUGAUAACCACAGAUACCGUUAUCGUGAUCACCAGGAUGACUAUAAUGACCACAAAGAUCGUUAUGAGCGCCAAGGUCAACGUACUGAUCGACAUGAUUAUUAGGAUGGUUGUUGCCUUUUUGUCCUUUACAGUGACCAAGGAAAUUUAUGCAGAGGCCUAUAAUGGGUAAUUGUAAAAAUGAUACACAUUUACGCAUUUACUUUGGAAGACUGUAGUUUACAUUUGAUUGAUUUAAGGUAUUUUAAUAACUGUUCAAUGUCAUGUAUCAAAUGGCAUUAUAAAAGUGGUCUAUAAUUUUAUAUGGAUAAACUUUUAAUGUCACUUUAUUUUUGUCUAAUUAUUAGAUGAACAAUGAUGUAGUUGCUAUAUAUUCAUUCACUGUUGUACCCCACUAUGAAGAAUAUACUGUAUAGUCUUCGAUAUUUAUAUAUUAUUAUAUAUUGCUAUAUAUUACUAGUUUUAUAUAUAUAUAUAUAUAUAUAUAUAUAUAUAUAUAUAUAUAUAUAUAUAUAUAUAUAUAUAUAUAUAUAUAUAUAAAAGGAAAAAUGCCCCAUUUAAAUAGUGUGUAUUGUACGUUAUUAUUAUUAUUAUUAUUAUUAUUAUUAUUAUUAUUAUUAGCAACAAUUAUGUUAACAAAAAUAGUAAGAAUCUGUGCAGCCCUGUCAAUCAAACUUCAAGUGCAAUUAAAAAAGUAUUUUGCAUAAAUUAUUUGAAUGCAUUAACCUAACGACAACACCUCUGAUUAUAUUUUCCUUGUUGGAUGCUCUUAUCUUCGAAGAUAGGUAGUGUCCAUAACGCGAUACAUUUUUCGUUUCGUUUUUAUACCGUCUCCCACAUUCAGCUUGUUAAAUAAAUAAAGUUUACGAUUGUUUAAA